CAACAAAAGUGGAGUUACUCUUUAAAGUACCCUGCAUUCACUAUAUCUGGUCUCCCCAGACCCCGCAUUCACUAUAUCUGGUCUCCCCAGGACCUUGCAUUCACUAUAUCUGGUCUCCCCGGACCCUGCAUUCACUAUAUCUGGUCUCCCAGGACCCUGCAUUCACUAUAUCUGGUCUCCCAGGAUCCUGCAUUCACUAUGUCUGGUCUCCCAGGACCCUGCAUUCACUAUAUCUGGUCUCCCAGGAUCCUACAUUCACUA